GCGGUCACGUGACGGGGGUGGAGCGGAAAGGCGUUGUGCUUAACUAGCGCCCCCCAUCCACCAUGUUUUCUGACCGUUUCUAGUUUGGUUUGUCCCCAAAACCAAAAGGAAAUGGCCGGGAACUCCAAGGAUCAUAGGCUCCCUGGCUGAGGCUGGGCUAACGCGUAAGCGCGGCGGGAAUAUCCUAGCAGGUCUUCGCGGAGAGAGACGAUGGCGUCUAGCAGUAACUGGCUGUCCGGAGUGAAUGUUGUGCUUGUGAUGGCAUACGGGAGCCUGGUUUUUGUAUUGCUGUUUAUUUUUGUGAAGAGACAAAUCAUGCGCUUUGCAAUGAAAUCUAGAAGGGGACCUCAUGUCCCUGUGGGACACAAUGCUCCCAAGGACUUAAAAGAGGAGAUUGAUAUUCGACUAUCCAGGGUUCAGGACAUCAAGUAUGAACCCCAGCUCCUUGCAGAUGAUGAUACAAGACUACUGCAGCUGGAAUCCCAGGGGAAUCAAACAGGUUGCUACAACUAUCUGUACAGGAUGAAAGCUCUGGAUGCCAUCCGUGCCUCUGAGAUCCCAUUUCAUGCUGAAGGCCGGCACCCCUGUUCUUUAAUGGGUAAGAAUUUCCGCUCCUACUUGCUCGAUCUGCGAAACACUAGCACUCCUUUCAAGGGUGUCCGCAAGGCCCUUAUUGAUACCCUCCUGGAUGGAUACGAGACCGCUCGUUACGGGACAGGGGUCUUUGGCCAGAGUGAGUAUUUGCGGUAUCAGGAGGCCUUGAGUGAGCUAGCCACUGUGGUCAAAGCACGAAUUGGGAGCUCUCAGAAACAACACCAAUCGGCAGCCAAAGACCUAACUCAGUCACCUGAAAUGUCGCCAACAACCAUCCAGGUCACAUACCUCCCCUCCAGUCAGAAGAGCAAACGUCCUAAGCACUUCCUCGAACUGAAGAGCUUUAAGGACAACUACAACACGCUGGAGAGUACUCUGUGAUGGAGCUGCAGACACCACCUGUGCAGCCUUCGUGCCGUCUGGCUCAGCAGUUCCAGACUUUGUCAGCCAAAGCUUCUGUUGAGGCCAGAGUUCCUUCAGAAUUGUGUCUGAAGGGUCAUUCCACAGUCCUUUCUCAGAGGCAUUUUCAAAUACUGGCUAAGACCUCAUUAUCUCCCAAAAGCACUUUUUCUGGGUUUGAAUUCAGAUGUCAUUAAUGUUUCUGUUACUUCUUCCUUGAAAAUCUCCCACUUUUUUUUUUAAUUUAUUUAUUUAUUGUGUACACAGUGUUCAGCCUCGUAUGCCUGCAGACCAGAAGAGGGCACCAGAUCUCAUUACAUAUGGUUGUGAGCCACCAUGUGGUUGCUGGUAAUUGAACUCAGGACCUCCGGAAGAUCAGCCAGAGUGCUCUUAACCUCUGAGCCAUCUCUCCAGCCCCUCCACUUGUUUUUGGCUAUAAUUCACCUACGCUGUUCAAUGCUGUUUAGUCCCAAAGGUGUAAACUGAGGUCUAGCCUGUUGCACUCAGUUGAAUAGAAAUAUUUGGGUUUAGAGCAUCUCAGAUUUGAUUGGUGGAAGUCAGGCAGGACCUUAUGAGAAAAAGGGAAUGAGAAAGUGGGUAAAAUGUCCUCUGGAAUUUUGGUGCUCCAUUUAAACAGGUGAAUUAAGACAUGAACAUGACUUUUCUGAAGUGGAGGGAUCUGUUCCACCAUCACCUAAUAGUGUUAUGACGAAUAAAUAGGAAUGUUCUGGCACUUGGCAUAACCAAGUUGGUGAGAUGUGAAGUGGUUUCCUCUAAUGUCAGUGUAUUAGUCUCAGUUCACAAAUUAAUAAAGUUAACUACUAAACGUGA